AUGGGUUUAGUAUUUGUUGAAGGUGCUUAUUUACGUGAUGGUUGGAAUGUUCUAGAUUUUACAAUUGUCGUAUCUUCUUUAUUACCUUUAGUAGCCAAUAAUAAUUCCAUAAAUCUUUCAUCUUUACGUUCAUUUAGAAUUCUGAGACCACUUAGAGCUAUUUCGACUAUUAGAAGUUUAAGAGUUUUAUUAUUAACACUUUUUGGGGCAAUUCCUGAUCUUAUAAAUACAUUAAUUAUAUUAAUUUUCUUAUUCUUAAUAUUUGCUAUAGCAGGUCUCUAAUUAUUCUAAGGAAUGCUAAAAAAUAGAUGCUUUGAAAUAAAUACAGGGAUACCUCAUAUAGAUGAUAUAAUUUGUGGCGGAAUAGACUGCCCUAGUGGUUAUAUAUGUGGAAAAAUGAUGGAUAAUCCAGAUUAUGGAAUUUAUGGAGAUAGAAAAAAAAACUUGAGAUUAAAAAUGCAAUACAAAAAAUAUAAAAAUAAUAAUAAAUUUAAUAAAAAAUGA